GGCCGGGCAGGCCGGUGGGGGCAGCCGGCAGGGUGCGCGCGGCGGACAGGGGGCGGAGCCGGAGCGACGGGCGGCGGCCGCGCUCAGACCUGGUAGCCUGCGCGCUGCCCGCGAUUCGACCCUGAGGAACCUAGAAAGAUUGUGCAAUGAAUGGUGAUACUCGGGCCGCAGUGGUGACCUCACCACCCCCGACCACAGCCCCUCACAAAGAGAGGUAUUUCGACAGAGUGGAUGAGAACAAUCCAGAAUACUUGCGAGAGAGGAACAUGGCACCAGACCUUCGCCAGGACUUCAAUAUGAUGGAGCAAAAAAAGAGGGUGUCCAUGAUUCUGCAAAGUCCCGCUUUCUGUGAAGAAUUGGAAUCAAUGAUACAGGAACAAUUUAAGAAGGGGAAGAAUCCCACAGGCCUAUUGGCAUUACAGCAGAUUGCAGAUUUUAUGACCACGAAUGUACCGAAUGUCUACCCGGCAGCUCCGCAGGGAGGGAUGGCUGCCUUAAACAUGAGUCUUGGUAUGGUGACUCCUGUGAAUGACCUUAGAGGAUCUGAUUCUAUUGCCUAUGACAAAGGGGAGAAGUUAUUGCGGUGUAAACUGGCAGCGUUUUACCGACUAGCAGAUCUCUUUGGAUGGUCUCAGCUUAUCUACAAUCACAUCACAACCAGAGUGAGCUCCGAGCAGGAACACUUCCUCGUUGUACCUUUUGGACUUCUCUACAGUGAAGUGACUGCAUCCAGUUUGGUUAAAGUCAAUCUACAAGGAGAGGCAGUGGACCGUGGAAGCACUAAUCUAGGGGUAAAUCAGGCUGGCUUCACGUUACAUUCUGCCAUUUACGCUGCACGCCCGGACGCGAAGUGCGUUGUGCAUGUUCACACACCAGCAGGGGCCGCGGUCUCUGCGAUGAAAUGUGGCCUCUUGCCAAUCUCCCCAGAGGCACUUUCCCUUGGAGAAGUGGCUUAUCAUGAUUAUCACGGGAUUCUGGUUGAUGAGGAAGAAAAAGUUUUAAUUCAGAAAAAUUUGGGGCCUAAAAGCAAGGUUCUUAUUCUCCGGAAUCACGGGCUUGUAUCCGUUGGAGAGAGUGUUGAGGAGGCCUUCUAUUACAUCCAUAACCUUGUGGUUGCAUGUGAGAUCCAGGUUCGAACUCUGGCCAGUGCGGGAGGGCCAGACAAUUUAGUCCUCCUGGAUCCUGGGAAGUACAAGGCCAAAUCCCGUUCCCCCGGGUCCCCGGCAGGGGAGGGCAGCGGAUCGCCUCCCAAGUGGCAGAUUGGUGAGCAGGAGUUUGAAGCGCUCAUGCGGAUGCUGGAUAAUCUGGGUUACAGAACUGGCUACCCUUAUCGAUACCCUGCUCUGAGAGAGAAAUCUAAAAAAUACAGCGACGUGGAGGUUCCUGCCAGUGUCACAGGUUACCCCUUUGCGAGUGACGGUGAUUCGGGCACUUGCUCCCCUCUCAGACACAGUUUUCAGAAGCAGCAACGAGAGAAGACAAGAUGGCUGAACUCUGGCCGGGGUGACGAUGCUUCUGAGGAAGGGCAGAACGGAAGCAGUCCCAAGUCGAAGACUAAGGUGUGGACGAACAUUACACACGAUCACGUGAAACCCUUGCUGCAGUCUCUCUCGUCCGGUGUCUGCGUGCCAAGCUGUAUUACCAACUGCUUGUGGACUAAAGAGGAUGGACAUAGGACUCCCGCCUCUGCCGUCCCAAACCUGUUCGUCCCACUGAACACCAACCCAAAAGAGGUCCAGGAGAUGAGGAACAAGGUGUGCACCGACUGCCACCAGCAAUCAGUGGAAGCUGACAUUCGAGAGCAGAACCUACAGGACAUUAAGACUGCGGGCCCCCAGUCCCAGGUGUUGUGUGGUGUAGUGAUGGACAGGAGCCUCGUCCAGGGCGAGCUGGUGACAGCCUCCAAGGCCAUCAUUGAGAAGGAGUACCAGCCCCAUGUCAUCGUGAGCACCACGGGCCCCAACCCCUUCAGCACGCUCACCGACCGCGAGCUGGACGACUACCGCAGAGCGGUGGAGCGCAAGCACAGGGGCCCCGAAGAGAAUCUGGACGAGACUAGAGAAGACAAAGAAGAGAGCCCUCCAGAGCCCCCUGCUGCCCCCCACACUCCCCCGAGCGCCCCCAUCAAGCUGGAGGAAGACCUGCCGCAGGAGCCGGCUUCCGGAGACAACAGCGAUGCCGCCACCUUCACGCCGACUCUCCCUGACCUGUCCCCUGAUGAGCCUUCAGAAGCGCUCUGCUUCCCGACACUGGAGGAGGAGGAGGAGGAAGAGGGGCUUUGUGAAGCCGGGGGCCCUCCAGGCCCCACCAGGUCCCCUGCAGCGGCCAUCCCUGAGCCAGUCACAGCCCAGGCGGCUGACGAGGCCGCCGCCCCGGCUGCCGAGGAGGGGGCUGCUGUGGACCCUGGCAGUGAUGGGUCUCCGGGCAAGUCCCCCUCCAAAAAGAAGAAGAAAUUCCGCACUCCCUCCUUCCUGAAGAAGAGCAAGAAAAGGAGUGACUCCUGAAGGCCCUUCCUGCACAAACCGAUGCCACCAGGCUGUCCCGAUUGUGUCUCGUGCCCUGUCUUCUUGUGUAAUGGAAUGCAAAAGGCCCACCCCUGCGUAGCUAGCGCUCCCCUCGCGGCGUGACCGAAUCCCCACGGAGACCGGUGCUAACCUUGUGCGCGCGCAGCGGCCCAGCCGGCAGCCUCAGGUGCUGCGGGAGACUUGGUCUCUGCGUCCACCUCCGAGCCCUGCCCUGCAGGGACCAGCACCUCGGCCCAUCUCAUGAGCCCUUCGGGGACACGCUGUCCCCAGGGGCUUAGCUAAGUCCGGGUUCUGGCUGGGUCGGGGGUGGCCCUGCCAGCUCUGGCCUCCACCGCUCUUGCUGUCCUUCUCUUGUGAAGUAAUCCGCGGUCCACCUCUGCUAGGCUCCCUUCAGCCCGAGGUCUCGGGUGACUGCAUCACACCUGUAGCUUCUUGCUGGCAUUAUCUGCUCAGUGAUCUCAUUUGUUCGGAUACACAAAGCCUUGGUCCUGUGAGAACACUCGUGUCCCUGCCAAUGGCCCAGGCCACCGUGGCAGACUUUUUGAGAGGUGGGUCUGGGCUGAGCCGGCAGUCCCAGCAGCGGACAGGCCUGUGUUCACCCAGGUAACCUAUGCAUGGUCUCACCGGCCCCCCGCGGCCAAAACCAGACUUGGGGCUCCGUUCCUUACUCACUGGGGGCUCUCGAUUCCCUGUCAUAGGGAAGGUGCAUCAGGAGGGGAAGAGUGCUUUCUAGAUGUUCUUUCGGAAAGUCUGCAGUUCACCCUACACGCUGUGAGCGAACGGUCUGCAUUGUGCUUCGUUUUCUCCCCAGGGCCUGUGGCAGAGCACACCAGGGCUCCACGCGCUGUCCUGGGGGGUCUGCUCUUAACCGCGGCUCGGCUCGGCCUGGAGGGUACCCUCACUUUGACAGAAGGCAGUUCAGGGUAGGAGUUGGCCCCAGGGGUCCCACCUGACGCCCUGUGCAGUCACUGGCGGAGCCCACCUCCUGCCCUCCAGCACCACGGUGAAUUUCACUGCACUCACCCUGGAAGAUAGCGGCUAGCUGCUUAGUGGGAACUAGUGGGUGGCCAGGUGUCUCUUCGACAGUGACCUGUCCCAGGAGCUCCAGUGCCAGCCUGUCUCCCAGACAGGUCCCCAGGAGGGGGGAGGGGCCCUCGGGGGACCCAGUGCCCGACGUGGGCUCAGGUCCCACACACUCGACACCCAGGCAGGACCUGAAGCGGCUGCAUGGCGCUGACCUCUGCUUCGAGCUUACUGGCAGGCAAGCCACUUCUCUCCUGUGUAUCAUUCCAUUGCCAAGAUGGUGGUAGAGCUCUCCACCCUCACCCUGCACCUCAGUUAACCAUGGGCUCUUCCUUUUAUCCCUUCUUCUGACCCCAGGUAUGCAACGACUUUCAUUUCAUUUUUGUAGUUUAACUCUUUGUAUUACAACAUGAAGUUUAGCUGCAUAUACAGACACAGGCUUGGGAGAACCACCUCUACAGCCUUUCUUCAUUGUAACAUGUUUUACUCACAAAUAAAAUUCUUUAAGCAGUUUCCUUGUCUAAA